AUGGCUACUCGGUACAAUGUUUCAGAUCUGGUAAAUGCUUCCCUAUCAGAUGGGAAGAAGAAAACGAAACUUUCGGCAGAAGCGUCAGAAUUGGUUUCAUUGAAAAGCUGCCGUAGUAAUAUGGCAUACGACAACUCAAUUAUCGAUGAAAUACAAGCUCGUUUGGCUUAUAACUUGCUAUUCAAGCUUUUGGAAUGCGGCCGAGGUGGAGACAAAACCUUGACAUCGGUGGUUCAGCCGGCUGAGAUUACUACUCUGUUGGAUUGUAUAAAGUUAGUUUUCAUGUCGCAACCGUCAUGUGUCGAGAUCGACGGGCCAAUCAACAUUUGUGGAGAUACUCAUGGACAAUUUUCUGAUGUUCUUAGAAUGUUCGACAAAGCAGGUUAUCCACAUCGUGCUAACUACCUAUUCUUGGGAGAUUAUGUGGAUAGAGGUCGUCAUAGUCUUGAGAAUAUUCUUCUUCUUUUUUGUUAUAAACUGAUUUUCCCCAACCACUUCUUCCUUCUCCGAGGAAAUCACGAAUGUCCAUCUAUCAAUAAAGUCUACGGAUUCUAUGAAGAAUGUUCGAAGCGAUACGAUAAAAAAGGGAGUAAAAUGUGGGAGGAUUUUCAAGAUACUUUCUCAACUAUGCCUAUGACCGCAGUUAUUGGACAAAGAAUUCUCUGUAUGCACGGUGGCAUUUCUCCAAGGCUUUCCUCUCUGGAUAAACUCAGAGCAUUUCGUCGUCCUAAUUACCAGCCGAGUCAUGAUCAAACCGAGAUAGAUAUAUUAUGGAGUGACCCUUCAAACAAUGCAAAAGGAUGGAAUCCAAACCAGAGAGAAGUUUCAUAUACAUUUGGAACUGAUGCAUUGAGGAAAGUAUUGAACUCAUUGAAUAUCGACUUGGUCGUUAGAGCCCAUCAGGUCGUGCAAGACGGAUAUGAGUUUUUCGGGCAACGUCGCCUGGUUACUGUAUUUUCUGCUCCUUUUUACUGUGGACAAUUCGACAAUGCUGCUGCUGUCAUGACAGUUAACGAAGAUUUAGUUUGCUCGUUUCAGCUAUUUCAAAUGUUCAGAAAUCAGAAAUCAUAUUUUUUGAACAGAUUCUCCGACCCAAGAAAUACUUUCCGAAGCGCAGGAUUCAAGUUGAUUGAUACUCGGUUUUACUCGGUUACUAAUGUUCAAUGUUAA